UUUCUAGGAGCAUAGCAAUGAUUGGCUUUUCGGUGAUCUUGGUUGUCGACUAUGGUUAGCAGCGGAUGUAUGGUUUUCAACAGCUUCAAUCUAUAACCUAUUGGCCAUAUCAUUCGAUAGGUAUAUGGCAGUGAAGCAGCCAAUACGGUACCCGAGUAUAUCAUCAAAAAAAGUCACUCGCCUACUGGUUUUUCUCGUUUGGGCAAUUUCUGGAUUGCUAGCAUUAUGUUUGUUCAUCCUGGAGUCUAUUCACAACUCUCCAAAACAGGAAUGUACUCCAAUGCGUCUGCCUAGCCUUUACAUAUUAUUUUCUGCUUCGGCUUCAUUUAUAGGUCCAGCCGUGGUUAUGUUACAGAUUGCCUUGAAUGUUUCGAUUUUCUGCACAGUACUAACAACAAGCAGAUCUAAAUGCGUUUCAAUCAACAGUGGCUCAUCGCUGCGUAUUCAUCGAGGAAGAAGACCAAGUCAUAAUAAGGUUUUAAAAUCCUACUCUGUGGAGACCAACGACAUGCAACAACAUCCUAAAUUAUUGAAUGAAAUACCACAAGCUGAUCUGUUACCACUUGAGAAUACCCCCUUGCCUGCUGCUGUAGAUGGCGAUAAACACGCAAUCGGAAAUCUGAAGACAUUCUUCUCGCAAGCAAUGGUCGUAUCAUUUGUUAAUAACACAAAGAAGAAAAAUAACAUAUUAUCGCAACUUGGAGGUGAUCGCCAGCGACAUCGCUUCUCUCGGUUACCAUUACGUACAGAACUUCGGGUAGCUCGAACGACAGCUGUUGUUGUGGCUGUUUUCAUUAUAUGCUGGAUUCCGUUCAGUACAAUCUAUACACUUCAGGCUUAUUCAAUCUGCCUUAUGCCUGAUUGCAUUACAAAUACGAUGUACGUGAUCGCAUUCUGGCUUGGUUACUCGAACUCAGCGGUAAAUCCACUGCUGUACGCAGCAUUUUCUCGAGAUUUCCGUGCGGCUUUCCGAAAAGUUCUCAGCCGCAAAACCAAAGGAUCCAUAUACAAAUAA